AUGCGCUGCUGCUGCCCCCUGGCGGCUCCUCUGCAGAACCACCACAACACGGUAAAGCGCGCCCUCCAGCGGCCGCAGGAGAUCACUGCAAACACACAAGACGAAAACUACAUCCGAAGCAGCACGAUGGCCUCAGAGUGCGAUGUGGCGUCUGAGAUUGAGGUGCUGCAGUCCAUCUACCUGGAUGAGCUGCAAGUGGACAGGACACAGGAUGGACAGUGGGAGGUGCGUCUGGUGCUGCACCCAUCCACAGCUGAGGACGCAGUGUCUCAGUUCGUCCGCCUCACGCUCACACUGACUCUGGACAAAAGCUACCCGCUGUCAUCUCCCUCCAUCUCCAUCCACAAUCCCAGAGGCCUCUCCGACGACAAGAUUCUCAGUGUGCAGAGGUGCCUCCAGGACCAGGCUCAGGCCAGCGUGGGUUCUCCAGUCUUGUACCAGCUCAUUGAGAAAGCAAAGGAAAUCCUCACAGAGAGCAACAUUCCUCAUGGGAACUGUGUCAUCUGCCUCUACGACUUUAAGGAGGGGGAGACUCUGACCAAAACACUCUGUUAUCACUACUUCCACUCUCACUGUUUGGGACGUUAUAUUCGGCAUUCAGAGCAGGAGCUGCAGCAACGACAGAAGGAGAUGGAAGAGGACAAGACCAGAGACGCACACACUCAGGAGUUGAGUGUGGUCUGUCCCGUCUGCCGAGAGCCACUGGACUAUGACGUGUCCCACCUGCUGAGCUGCCCUGCUCCACUGCUGCCAGAGGUGAACGAGGCGCUGAUGACCUCAGAGUUUCAGCUGAAGUGGAACGAGCUGCAGAGGAUUCUGGACAAACAGAGAAACAAGGGAGGAAUUAUUGACCCAGAGGAGGAGUCCAACCGCUUCCUGAUCCACAUACAGACCCCCGCUGCCACAGACGCCUCCCACUUGGAUUCACCUCCAGACGUUCCCCCUCCUCUUAGCACAGAGCCCAGCCCUGCCUGUCCUCCCAGCAUGCAUCAGUGCAGCCCUGCCUGUCCUCCCAGCAUGCAUCAGUCCAACAGCCGAGGCUGGAGGCGUGGGAGGCCCAUCACGGAGCAGCUGGACACUCUGUCUCUCAGUCGGCCUCCACACUCUCGGAUCCUGAGCUCCAAAGAAGACUCCAGGCCCCCUGAGGCCACGAUGGAAGCCCCCAGAAGUGCCUCAGAGAGGGGGUACCGCGGCAGGAGGAGGGGCCCUCAGCGCCAUAGCCAAACCAGGCACCAUCACUGGGACAGCAGAGGGGCUCACUCCCAGUGCUACAGAGGCCCAAAGAACCAGCGCAGAGGCCCCCACAGACCCCCAGUGGAGCAGGACAGGACCCGGGAGGAGGUGCUAUGA